AUGUCAACAUUGCUGCCAUCCUCUAUCAUGCAGGGAAUGUCACCCAAUCUCGCCUCAUUUCUGGGGAACAUGCAGGCCCAAUUCAUGUCACUGCAACAACAUAUCAAUGAACUCGAAUCUCUUGCCGCGACUAUUGCUAGAUUAACUGCUCAAUUAGUUAAUGCGGAAAAGCUAAUUGCUGAUCUCAGAUCUCAAUUAGCAUCUCAGGGCAAUUGCCAAAUUACAACAAAUGCAUCAACAUCAUCUGCACCAACCACACCCAACACUGGAAAAAUAACAAUAAAUACACACCGGGAAAUUCAGGCAUACUAUUGUGAAUAUUCCGCAUUUUACAGUGGGGUUUUGCCUAUUUCCACUGGUACCAAAGCUGAUUUGGUUAAUAAUCAGGGACUACGUCGCAUGUGUAUUGUUGAACUAUCCCUGGGUGAAUAG